AUAUUUACGUCAGGGGGUCAAAGUUGACUUUGGCCAUGUGUGUUUUGCCGUUAAUAUAUUUUUGGUUUUCCGGCGUACACUACAGACUUGUUUCAUACAAGUGUCUUUGUAAAUAUUUAUGACUAGAGUCUUUAAAAUUUGUGUUAUAAGACUGACUUUACGUGUUUGACAGCUUGUAUAUACCGUGCACAUUUUCUUUUAUGUUAUUUUUAUCAGAAAAGCGGGCACUGUACUGCGUUAGGUUCCUCUGAUUAGAUGUGAAGGUUUGCAUAUUUUAGCAGCAGGAUCUUCUUAUGAUGACUUAGCGUGACAUGAUUAAAGUUCGACCACUGUUGAGUGCCUUAGUUAAGCACAGAGUGACAUUGGAGAGACACGGUUACCUUUGUAAGUUCUUUCCCAUAAUGAGUGAAGGAUCCAAAGCUGAGCAGCCAGACAAGCUGCUGAAAAGAACCACUGAAGAAAAUGAGGACAGUGCUGAAUGGGUCCAUACAGCAAAAAGAAUAAAAGUGGAGGGGGAACACGCUGAAGAUGAAAAGAGAUAUCCCAAAAAGAAAGUGGUUCUCCUUUUGGCAUAUUCUGGAAAAGGGUACUAUGGCAUGCAGAGAAAUGCUGGAAACUCUGAGUUUAGGACCAUUGAAGAUGAUUUAGUCACUGGACUUAUAAAAUCUGGUUGCAUUCCCGAAAACCAUGGUGAUGACAUGAAGAAGAUGUCUUUUCAAAGAUGUGCCAGAACAGAUAAGGGUGUGUCUGCAGCUGGCCAAGUAGUGUCUCUGAAGUUACGUUUGAUUGAAGACAUCAUUGAAAAAAUCAAUGAGCAUCUGCCGCCACAGAUCCAAGUGCUUGGUAUUAAACGGGUGACCCAGAGUUUCAAUUCUAAAAACAACUGUGAUGCUCGUACAUACUCCUAUAUGCUUCCAACAGUGGCCUUUUCCCCAAAAGACUAUGAUACAGGGAAUACAGCAGCGUUUCGCCUAGAACCAGACACACUUGAGAGGGUCAAUCGUCUGUUUUCUCUCUACAAAGGCACCCAUAACUUCCACAACUUCACCUCCCAGAAGGCUCCAAAUGACCCCAGUGCCCGCCGCUACAUCACAGAGAUGUCCUGUGGAGAGCCAUUUAUCCGCAGCAAUAUUGAGUUUGUGGUGAUUACAGUGCGAGGCCAGAGCUUUAUGAUGCAUCAAAUCCGCAAGAUGAUUGGCCUGGUGAUUGCAGUGAUAAAGGGCUACGCAGAGGAGGAAGUGCUGGAACGGAGCUGGGGACAGGAGAAAGUAGAUAUUCCCAAAGCUCCGGGACUGGGGCUGGUCCUGGAAAGGGUUCACUUUGAUCGGUACAACAAACGCUUCGGAGGUGAUGGGCUGCAUGAGCGCCUGGAAUGGGAGCAUGAAGAAGAGGCUGUCAAGGCCUUCAAGGAGGCUCACAUCUACCCCACUAUUGUUGACACAGAGUGUCAGGAGGGCUCCAUGGUGAGCUGGAUGGCCACACUUCCUAACCAUGACUUUGAAGGUACAGCAACUGGAGCACGAGAGAAAAAGGACCAAAAACAGGACAAUGCAGAUCUAGGAAAUGAUUCUGGUUAGGUCACCCUUUCUGCUGAAAGAAGAGACUUUUUUUUACCAAAACAUUCACUCACUUUUGUUGGGGAUUAGCUUUCUUUCUUUUCAGGACUGAAAGUGUAUAUAUUCCAAGACUGACCAUUUCUUAAUGGGAUAACAUUUUAUUUCUGUUAUAUGAAGUUAUUAAACAUGAACAACUAUAUAUAAAAAGCUUCUCUGUUCUUUAUU